UGGCCCUCACAAUCAUAGACUCCGUACGUAGCCUCUAUAAAAUGCACUUCCAAGCCCUCUACUCAAAUCCCUCUUUUUUUCACAAAAUACCACCUUAACAUUCCCAAAUGGCCUCUCUCGUAGUUUCCAUCACUCUCCUCUCUCUUUCUCUCCUACAUCUCCUCGCAGGAGUCUAUUCAGCGACAUUCACUAUCGUAAACAAGUGCGGCUACACAGUAUGGCCAGGCAUACUAUCCAGCGCCGGGACCGACCAGCUCCCCGCCACCGGCUUCAUCCUCCAACCCGGCGAGUCCAACACGCUCGCCGUACCCACCUCCUGGUCUGGCCGCAUGUGGGGUCGGACCCUUUGCGCCCAGGACUCAACCGGCGGGUUCUCGUGCGUCACAGGCGACUGCGGCUCGUCCACCAUAGAAUGCGCCGGUCGCGGAGCGGUGCCACCAGCCACGCUAGCCGAGUUCACUCUAAACGGCGCGAAUGGGCUCGACUUCUAUGACGUCAGCCUCGUGGACGGUUAUAACCUCCCUAUGACGGUUACGCCGCAGGGUGGAACCGGAGGCAUGUGUAACGCGACGGGGUGCGUGGUGGACUUGAACGGUGCGUGUCCUACGGAGCUUAAAGUUAUGAGAGCGGGUGAAGAUGAGAGCGUGGCGUGUAAAAGCGCGUGCGAGGCGUUCGGGGACCCGCAAUUCUGUUGCAGUGGGGCCUACGCGAGUCCGGCUACGUGCAAGCCCAGCUCAUACUCGGAGUUCUUUAAGAGUGCGUGCCCACUCGCUUACAGCUACGCCUACGACGAUGGCACUAGCACCUUUACUUGUGCAUCCGCGGAUUACGUCAUCACUUUCUGCCCAAAGCUAGCCAACAGCGUGAAGUCAACGAAUGGGCAAACCAAUUUCUCAGCCGAUCCCUCGGCGGCCACUCGUGACACACCCACAAAUCUCAUUGGCGCCGUUAUGGCGGUGGUGGCUGCUAUUUUGAUUGUCUCAAAGCACUAAUGGGUCUAACUAGACAGGUGAAUUGGGACCGGAAUGUUUAGUAAUUUGCUGAUUAGAAGUGGGAUUCACUUAUUGGAGGAGGUCGGAGGCUCUUAUGGCUAGUAAAUUAUGGGACAUUUAAAUUUGAGUCCGAUGAUCCUAUUUUUGUGAAGUUAGCUCAAGAUGUGAGGUUUUUUUUCACACUUAUAAAGUGAUCAUCAGUCCCUUUCACAAGGGAUGUGGGAUAACCCCAACAAUUUCUCCCUAUUUCUCCCGUAGACUGUUGGGCCGAGACUUGUUAGUAAACUUGAGCUCUGAUCUCAACCUCAAAAGCUAGCUCAAGAGGUAAAACUUUUCCUCACACUUAUAAAUUGACCACCAACCAUUUCCACAACCGAUGUGAGAUAACUCCAACAGUUUUAAUUAGACACACUUCCCGAGAAAUAUGUUAUAUCUAAUAGGCAAGUUUUGGCAGAGAGCGAACUAGGCAGGUUGGUGCAUGCAAAGUUGCGGUGGAGUUAAAAAGUGGACGGCCAAGGCUCAGCCUCAUUGCAGGAAGGACUGCAAUUUUGUUUGAUUCUCUUUCCCAACUUGAGGAGGAGCUUUCGGGUGCAAGAUGGUGACGGGGGGUCAUUCAUCCAAAGGAAUACAAACAUAUAUAUAAAGAUCAACGAAUGCAUCAGCAUCGAUCCUUAUCCCCCCGCCGGCUUUGAUUUGGAAAGCCAGAGUUGUAAUUAGCACUAGAGUUGGGAAGUUUUGUUCUUCGUUUUGUUAAAAAUUUAACUUUAUUUCGAGAGGCAAAGAUUUAAAGUUCGACGAUAACAUUGGAUUGUGAUGUUCUAUUGACUAAAACAUGUAAUGUUUUGGAGGCUUUGCUUUCUAAAAUGCCAAAAUAAGUUGACAUCUCUCUCUCUUCCUCCCUCCCAAGUGUCAUUUUUCGUUUUUUAGAUUCCUUUCAUUUUGCUUUUGUCUUUGUUUGAUGUCA